UGCUCAUCUUCUAUUUCUAAUCUUUCCUUCUUGCUGCGUCACAUCUUGCAUACCAACCUCCAGCAUCUUGGUGAUAACACUGCUUCGAAUGCUUCCUUGAACAGUCGCAAGGCCCAUGUCAGAUUGAAAGCCUGUCAAUCGCAACAUGGCUUCUCCGCCUUCUGACACUCCCCUCGCCACCGACGAAUCCCGUCUUCAUCUUCCCACGUCAUCCGUCUUCGCCCCUAUAGGAGUAUCAACCUUUCAACCCAUAGCUUCAACAUCCACAAGUAGACCGGACCCAUCUACCCCCAUCUUCUCAUUCUCAACUCCCAUCUUGUCAUCCCCCGAAACCUCAGGACAAGGUGAAACGCCCUUUGCACAUCCACGAACCCCUGUCAAUCAGAAAACCGCAGACCCAUAUAUAGUCCAUGGAGAGGAUUAUGACACUGGUUUAGGUUACGGAGACGUAACGAUCCAAGAGAAAGGGGAUGUCAGGGAGGAUGGUGUUGCGGAAGGAAUGUCACUGGAUUUCAGAGAUGGAAUGCUGGCUAGUGGAUCGAGACGAGCCCUUCGGGAUGAAUCAGCGGAAAUAGCUCAAAGCUUAGUUGAUGCUGAAGAGACACACUUGGAUGAGCUUCUGGAUACGACACGGAGAAGACUGGAUGAGUUAGGAGGAGUCAAAGAAGGUGAUGGCUGGGAACAAAGGGAUGAGCUGAUGGGAAUGCUCAAUCGUAUCUUGCCCUUUGUGGAGUCCCGGAUACCUCUUCUAGAGGCUCAAGUCGUUGCUCAAAGGGAAACUAUCACUACGCUACAACAGCAGAAACGUCUUUCAGACCAAUUACACCUGACGGAAAGUCAACGACACGAAGCCGAACGUACUUCUUGGAACUCGGAGAUUCGAGCUCUCAUACGUGCUCGUGACGGUGAGAUUGCAGCUGGGACCAGACCCAAGAAACUGUUGGAGAUUGAUGUCGGUUAUCAGCAGGAGCUUGAAGCGGCUAACAAACGGCUUGAGAUGGAUAACCGGCUCAUGGCUCCGAGGUUGAAAGACACACAAGAGCAAAUAAACAAGCUUGUCAAUGAGCUACGACAUCUUCGAACUCACGUCAUGCUAUCCACCGACCCCUUCACCCCUCGUAGACUAGACGCGUAUGACCAACCCUUCGGCCAUGGUCCGUCGAGUUCACCCAUGAAGAGCUUCUCGAUCAAUACGACUUUGGGAGAUGCGCGCGCAGAACAUUUACUUCUCGCUGCUCGGACGGUCCGACAGGCUCGAGGUCACAAUUCUCAGAUCGGUCGCUUAUCACUAGACGAGCUGAAGAGGAGUCAUGUCGUCGGUCCAGAGGGUGGUGUGGGGUACGCCGAAGGAUAUGGAAGAAUUCUGGGAGACGAAUCGUCUGCAACGGAUAGUGAGAUGGAAGAGUACAGCUUCGACGAUGAUCAUCGAUUGAGUAGCGGGAAGACCAAGAACAAGUCCGUUCAUGGUACACCUUUACUUCCACGUGCCAAGCGAAGCGGCAAAAGACCUUUACCACCCACCACCCCUAGUCGAAAUCGUGGUCAGCCGAGUCAGCCGCAGACUACUCCGGGCGGAAGUACACUGAACGAUUUACUACGCGCGGCAGAGAUGGCGACUAGGCCGAGUACUCCUCCCCCUCAAGAUCGAACACCUCAAAUCCCCAUGUCGGCCAUGUCGGCCUCUCGUAGCACGGCCAAACGUGAAGAUAGUAGGAGCGAAUCUCCCGACAAACGUCGACGAUUAGGACCUGCCGCUUCUAUCACUCCUGGCGGUUGGAGUCAUGCUAGACGGAUCAGCGGUAUGGACCUUCAAGAUGAGACAUCCAGACGGAUUGGCUUUCCCUCAGCUCUCCACGAGGGAAACGACUCAGCACCAGAGUCCCAGACGAGUCAUCCUGACGCAUCGGCAUUGGAUCUUCUCGCUCAGGCCAGUCAACUGGAUGAGAUACAAAACCCUCAAGAUCCGUCAUCGUCCCAACUGUCGACAUCUCGAAUAGUCGGCUUUGAGGAACAUGAUCCAUUGGAAUUCUCCCCUCGAAGUAAUCAAACUGAAGGUUUAGCCCCCGCCAUCGAUCUUCGAAAAGGUUCGACGUCUAUGAUCGAAGAUGAUCAGAUCGAUCCUACACUUCAAUCCCUUCCUCCACCUCCAUCCUUUUCUCAAACCGCAAACACCACACCUCGUACACACGGUCGUCAUCCGUCCUUUUCAAACACCCAGCUUCAGACUCCCGCUCGGAUACACGAUGACGACGAUCUUACCACUGUGGGAAUGUCGGCAAAGUCAGAAGGUUACGGAUUGGAUUCUAUUUCUUUCCAAAGUCCUACCGGUGCGGCUGUACCGGGAUUGGGCAGUAUGCCAGCGAGACGGGUGAGAUCGCCAUAUUUGAAAUGGACCAAGGAAGAGGAUGAAUUGUUAGCGCGAGCAGUAGCGAUGCAUGGUGAGAAAUGGGAUUUGGUCAGUAAAGGUGUUCCGACCAGAAGUUAUCAUCAAGUCCGACAACGAUGGUUGAGAAAAACGGGUGCUUUUGAUAAACGCCCAAAUCAAUCGAACGAAGGGUUACAUGGAAUGUCAGGUUUAGUAAGGGAAGAAUACGAAGAGGAACCUGCUUCUCCGACUUUGCAACAGAAGAAGAAGAGAAAGAAUAGUGAUAGAUGAUGGUGGACAUUCUUGCAUCAAAAGUCGUCAUCGGAAACAAAGACACAAAAUAGUAAAGUAUAAUUCAUGCAUAUAUUAGACAUUUG